AUGCGUAAUUUAGCAACGCGCUGCAUAAAGGUUUUAAAAGAUAUUUUUGCUAGUAGUAGUAGUAGUAAGUUUGCAAAUAAUCUGCAGAUAGUAGUAGUAGUAGUAAGUUUGCAAAUAAUCUGUAGUAGUAGUAGUAGUAGUAGUAGUAAGUUUGCAAAUAAUCUGCAGGUAAUAGUAAGUUUAUAA